AUGGCUGUAAACGGGUUGUCGAACCUCGAAACGAGGCAUUUCAUCAACAAUGAGUUCGUCGAAUCCUCCGCGAAGGAGACGAUAACAAUUCGCUCCCCAUACGACGACUCCAUCGUUGGCACAAUCCCGGUCGCAGACGAGCACGUAGUCGACGCCGCGGUAUCCGCCGCUCGCAAAGCCUAUGAGACGGGUCCAUGGUGCACAUUCACCAGCGCCCAGCGUGCAAAGUGCAUGCUGAAACUGGCAGACCUGAUUGAACAGAAGACUGAUGAGCUUGCGAAGUUGGAGGCUGCAAGCAUGGGGCAGCCGGUCGCGGUUGCAAAAGGGGCGAUAAUACCGACCUGUGUGGCAAGCAUCAGGUAUUAUGCUGGAUAUGCGGAUAAGAUCGCAGGAGAAAGCUACAAAGAAGAGGACGGGUUCUACAAGAUCGUACAGUAUGAGCCGAUUGGGGUCUGCGCUGGUAUAGCGGCUUGGAAUGCGACGUUGGUCUUCGUUGCAUGGAAGAUUGCGCCAGCCCUCGCGGCGGGUAACACUUUUGUGUUCAAGGCUUCUGAGAAGUCUCCCUUCGGCCCACUAGUGGUUGCCCCAUUCUUCAAAGAAGCAGGUUUCCCUCCAGGGGUAGUGAACUUCAUCUCCGGUGGCGGUUCGACAGGUGCCUUGCUCGCUGCGCACAUGGACAUCGACAAGAUCAGCUUUACUGGGUCUGGAAUGACCGGCCGCAAGAUUCAAGAUGCUGCAAUAAAAAGCAACAUGAAGAAAGUUACGCUCGAAUUGGGUGGGAAGUCUCCGUCAAUAAUCUUCGCUGAUGCGGAACUCGAGAAUGCCUUGAAGAACAAUGCAGAAGGCCUCCUCCUCAACAGCGGGCAACUGUGCGCAGCCGCCACUCGCGUGUUCGUCCACAGCUCAAUCGCUCCAACGUUCAUCGAAGGCCUCAAAGCGCGUUUUGAAGCCGCCAGCUCCACGAUGGGCGACGAUCCUGCCGUUCCAACGACUGCACUUGGCCCUCUAGCAGACAAAAAACAGCUCGAUCGCGUGACAUCGUACCUUGAGUCUGGCAAGACUGAGUCAGGAGCUGAACUCGUUACCGGGGGUGGUCAAAUCGGCGAGAAGGGAUGCUUCGUUCAGCCAACCAUCUUCUUGAACCCCAAGAGCGACGCGAAGAUCUUGCGAGAGGAGAUAUUUGGGCCUGUGUUGACGAUUCGUUCGUUUGAGACAGAAGAUGAAGCUGUCGAGCUUGCGAAUGAUACCAGCUAUGGACUUUCAGCUGCUAUCUACACGGCAAGCAUGUCGCGCGCCUUGCGCGUAGCGACAAAGCUCAAAGUCGGCACACUUGCAAUCAAUGCGUCCUACUUUCCAGAUGCGCAGACCCCAUUUGGUGGUUACAAGCAGUCUGGUACUGGUCGUGAGUCUGGGAAGGCUGGCCUGGAGGCGUAUCUUCAAGCAAAGACAAUCAAAAUCAAUAUGGGUGUUUGA